UCCCUCCCAGUUUGGGUGGUGUCGUUAACUAGUUGACAGGAAGCGGAACUAACCAACUAACAAGCUAGCAGCGUUAGCCGAGUUAGUCCGGUGGAUUGUUCCCGGACAACUUCUGGACGAUGACGCACAAAGUUGAGCUCGGUGCCAAACAGGACGUGAGCAACAUGGACGACCUGAGCGUGGAGCAAAUGGCUGCAAGAGCCAACCAAGUGACGGACGAGUCACUGGAAAGCACACGGAGGAUGUUGCAGAUGGCAGAAGAGAGCAAACAGACGGGGGCCAACACCAUGGAGAUGCUGGACCAACAAGGAGAGCAGCUGAAGCACAUCGAGGACGGCAUGACUCAGAUUAACGAGGACAUGAAGCAGGCUGACAAGCACCUGAACGACCUGUCCAAGUGCUGCGGUCUGUGUGUGUGCCCCUGUGACAGGGUCAACUCUGUGGAGACCGACCAGCGCUACAAGCGCACGUGGGGCACAGGAAGUGAGCAGGGAGACGGCAGCAACUCGACAGUGGUCUCGAGGCAGCCGUCAGGUGUUCGUAAUGGACAGACUGUCCAGGUGCAGGCCGCCGCCCCCUCAGGUCCAUACAUCAAGAGGAUAACCAACGACGCACGCGAGGAUGAAAUGGAGGAGAACCUGGAGGCUGUCGGCAGCAUCAUUGGCAACCUGAAAGACAUGGCUGUGGGCAUGGGCAGCGAGAUCGACAAACAGAACAAACAGAUCGACCACAUCACUGAGCAGGCGGACAUGAACAAACUGCGCAUCGACGCAGCCAACCAGAGAGCCAACAAGCUCAUCAAGUAGUCCCAGCUCUGCUCCUUCAUCCUCCAACCUCCUUUGCUACACACAUGCACAUUGUAUUUUCUGCACAUGCACAGACGCACACACUCUUUACAAAGAGAUCUGGUCCUGAAGACGUUUUGCCAGCGAUGUGUCGGUGGUGCCAUCAGACAUGUUGGGACGGAGCGUUGCAUUGUGGGGAUCAGGAACUUGAACCAAAGAAGAAGUGACAUCACUGUGAGGGAGGAGCCACGGAUCAGCUGUUUUCUCUUCGCUUUUGUUUCUUAGUUUAUCUUUGUCUCUCCCGAGAACUGUUUGUCAGAAGAUGCUGUUUCAUCGUAGCCUUCCUGAGAACCUGAAUGCACCUUGGAUCAGCUGAUCCACUCAAACCGUUUGUUGCCUUCAAACUUUCUCGUGUCGCCAAACACAAAUGAGCUGUGGAUAAAAACGCUUUGCUCCCGUGUCGUUUCUUCCAGCUCCAGUUCAAAGCGUGCCUUGGUUCUGUCAGUGAUGACAUCACACGUGAAAUUAGAUUAGAAUACUUUGUAAGAACAGCUCGGAGCUGCUGAUGUAAGAAGCCUUAACGCUGCUCGUGCUUCUCAUGUGACCCAAGGUUCUGAAGGUUCUGAAGGUUCUGAGGCCGAA